AUGAAUGUUCCAGCAAAGCCAAUCGACAGCAGAUCAACAGGAAUCCGCCAUCGUCUUCUGGUGGAAUCGACCUUCGAAUCUAUUCCCCAAAUACUUUCACCCGAAAUGGAAGUAGGUUCAACAAUAGCUGAGCUUUGUUCUAUCGAUCACCUCAUACAGAAAUUUGACAUGGGAUCUGCCCAGGCUUCCUUAAACUUGACUUCUGCCCUGUUGCCAGAAUGCACUUGCAGCAGUCUGGCGUCGGGAGACCCGGAUUCAAGUCUCGCCAGGGAGGGCUUAUGA